GGUCGCACUUGGAGCAUAUGCUAAUCCGAUGUUGUAUGUCAACAAGACGUUUAGAUGCAUUUUAGUCCUUGAUGAAUCUAAAUUGCAAAAAGCCGAUCCACCUCUUCUGAAUAGAUUUGAAAAGCAAAAAAUGUCAAUUGAAGAUAUGCUCACAGAUGAACAACGAGGAAUCGUGAGAGAUUUGAAUACCUGGGCAAAACAAAUGGCCACCUUGGUUGGAAAGAAUAACAUAGCUCGUCAAGAAUUUACAUUACAAGAUCUCUUUAUUGGUUAUGAUCCGGAGGAAACUUUGCAAAGUUUGGUUAUUGAUGUUAUGCACAAACAUGAAGGUAAAACGCGCGAAGAGAUUGUUUCGUUAUGCAAGGAAUCUCUUAUUGCCAUUGCUUCAGCUGAUGGAAUUGUAAGGGCUACCAAAUCUGCGAUGGAAAAACAAGAAAGCCUCCGUUGGAAACUGGUUUACUUCCCCUCGGCUGAAUCUAAUAACCAACAUCAUGAUCACUUGGCGGAUUAUUUCAUGGCAUUGUUUUUUGAAGUUGGCGUUGGCAAUCCAGACCCAUUAUUGGUUAUUGUUAACACAUUUUCAAACAUUAACACCGAUGUAAAAAAAUGUCUGGAUAUGAUACUACGCGUUCAAGUCGAUAAACUUUCUACUUUUAGAACAGAAGCCCAACUUCAAAACAGG